UACAAACUUUUCAUUAAAAAUUCCCAACCAAACUUUCUUUGAGCAUUAAUCACAUUUAUCUAACCUUGAACAACUACUAUAUAGCAUAUAUAUACUCCAUAUAGCUUCUAUAGAAAAGCCAAAAUAGCUUCUCCAAAAAGUUAAAAUCAAAGAAUUACACAAUCAUUAAUCAUUAUGAGGCUUAUAUGCAUAUUCAUAGCAUUGCUAAUAUUGAUAACACAAAUUAGCAUGGUGGCUUGCAAGACUAGAAAUCAUGUACCAGCAGUAAUUGUGUUUGGUGACUCAACUGUUGAUUCUGGUAACAACAACAAGAUAGCAACACUUCUCAAGAGCAACUUUAAACCUUAUGGCCGUGAUUUCGAAGGUGGCCGCCCUACCGGACGGUUUUGUAACGGUCGUGUUCCAACGGACUUCAUUGCUGAGGCUUUUGGUGUUAAGAAAAAUAUACCGGCAUAUUUCGAUCCUGCUUAUACCAUUGAUGAUUUUGUUACUGGUGUUUGCUUUGCUUCGGCUGGAACUGGAUAUGAUAAUGCAACUUCUGAUGUGCUAAAUGUGAUACCACUAUGGAAGGAGGUAGAGUACUUCAAGGAGUAUCAAGAAAAAUUGAGAAUCCAUGUUGGUAAAGAGAAGGCAAAUUAUAUAAUAAGUGAAGCAUUAUACGUAAUAAGCUUAGGAACCAAUGAUUUCCUAGAAAAUUACUAUAUUUUCCCAACAAGACGACUUCAUUUCACUGAAUCACAAUAUCAAGAUUUUCUAGUGGAUAUUGCUGAGAAUUUUGUUAGGAAAAUAUAUUCACUUGGUGCUAGGAAAUUAUCCAUAGCUGGUCUUGUUCCUAUUGGGUGUGUCCCAUUAGAGAGGACUAUAAAUAUUUUAGGUGACCAUGAUUGCAAUGAAAAAUACAACAACGUGGCUUUAGGAUUUAAUGCCAAAUUGGAGAAUAUGAUAUCAAAGGUAAAUAAGGAGCUCCCACAAUUGAAGGCCUUGUCGUUAAAUGCUUAUGAUAUUGCCAAUGAUAUCUUUACAAGACCUUCCUACUAUGGAUUUGAGGUGGUAGAGAAGGCAUGUUGUUCAACUGGAACAAUUGAGUUAAGCUACUUAUGCAGUGAUAAGAGUCCACUUACAUGCAAAGAUGCAAACAAAUAUGUGUUUUGGGAUGCUUUUCAUCCUACUGAGAAGACAAACCGCAUAGUUUCAAAUUAUUUAAUCCCUAAACUUUUUGCAGCUUAUAGAUGAUCCAUUCAUUCCCUUUAAAUUAAUUGGGAUGGGAUAUUUCAUA